UUGGGUAGAUCACCUCUUUCCCUUGCAUCACUCAACGGCCACCUUGACGUAGUGAAAACGCUUCUUCCUUUGAAGGACCUGCAUAUAAAUUCCACAGAUAAGUCCGGGCUCACACCUCUCUUCCACGCUGCAAGCUCUGGGCAUCUCGAAAUCGUCCGUUUACUAUUGCAGCAACAGGACUUGGAGGUCUGGUCACUGAAUUACCAAGGACAGAGUGUUUUAACAGAAGUUGCAAAGCAAGGGCAUGUCGAUGUCCUCAGCCUUCUACUUGCUCAUAGCGGUGCCAGCAGAAUGGUAGAUUUAAAGGACGGAAACUUUCGUACGCCACUUAGUUAUGCAGCUCAACACGGAAGAACGGAAGUAGUGAGACGGUUACUGGAA